ACGCCGUCACUGUUCGUUUCAUUCAUUCCAUUCAUCAAUCCGGUAGGAAGGGAAAGUGCAGCGGAAGAAAGUGAGCAAGUGGAGAAGAGUUCCUUAAAAAAAAAAACAAACAAACUGAAAAAACCCGAGAAUGGAACGUCUGCUGACCAUGUUCGAGGAGGCGGAUCCCUUCGCCACAUGGUGGCCCACGAUAGCUGCCCUGGCGGUGGGCGUUGUGAUUACAAUCCGGACCUUAAUGAGCGGCCAGCGCUGUCCAAACGAUAAUCAAAUCAACCAGCAAAUCGUUGUUGUCACCGGCGGCAGUGGCGGCAUUGGUUUCGAGAUAGCCCAGGCUCUGGCCGGACGUGGUGGCCGCAUAAUCCUUGCCUGCCGCAAUCUCAAGGCUGGUGAACGGGCGGCGGCUAUAAUUAAGCGGGAGUUGGGAUGCCGCACACCCAUUAUAUCACCGGACGAGGACGACGAUCCGGCGGACAGAUAUUUCGUGGAGGCUCGCUACUUGGACCUAUGCUCACUCCGGAGUGUCCAUCACUUUGCCAGCCAACUGAUGGCGGAAUUCGAGCGGAUCGACAUUCUCAUCAACAAUGCCGGCGUGGUUUUCGCCAAUACCCAUGUGCCCACAGAGGAUGGCUUUGAGCGGCACAGUCAGGUGAAUUACCUGGCUCCCUUCCUGCUCACCCACCUGCUGCUCCCGCACUUGAAGCUCUCGGAGCAAGGACGCAUUCUGUUCGUCUCGGCCCACGCCCAUCAGGCGGCCAAAAUCGAUUUCGACGAUCCUUUGAAUGUGGGCACCUGGGCGGUAAAGUUUCAUGCCCGUGAAGCCUUUGCCCACUCGAAGCUCUGCGUCCUGCUGGCCACUCGCUGGCUGGCCAAGGAACUAAAAGGUACUGCGGUCACGGUCAACUGCUGCACCCCAGGACUCGUUCGUGGGACCCGACACUUUCGCAACUCGCCACUGAUGUCGUCCAUCUGCGUGAAGGCGGUCACCUACCCAUGGAUGUGGCUGUUCAUGAAGAACCCCUACGAGGGCGCCCAGUGCGCCAUCCGCCUGGCCACGGAUCCCCAGCUGAAGGAAGUCACCGGCGAGUACUUCAAUGACUGCGAAAUCGUGCAAAGUUCGGAGCCGGGCCAGGACAAGGAGUUGGCCAAGAAGCUGUAUAUGCAAACCAUAAGAACUCUCGAGACCGUUACCAAACUAACCGUCGACAAGGAGCUGCCGCUGGAGGCGGAGUCUGAGCUGAGGCUGGAGGCGCCGCCGGAUGCUGAAGCGGAUUCGGAUGCGGAAACGGAAACGAACCGGGCGGCGGAAGGGGCUUCGGUGGACCGGCAGACAUUGGUGGAGUGAUUUAUGCCUGGCACGCGGCCUGAGUUCCUCAGGGACUGCCAACUGCAACGUCUAUUUGCAUUUGGUUUAACAAUUGCCGCAUUAGGCAGCCUCCUCCUUAGCCUCAUCCUCAGUCCGUUCCCCCUUUUUUUAUGGCUCCCUGACUUUAUGUAUACAGUAACUCUGCACUGCCCGCCCCCCUGAUA